AUGGAGAAUGGUUCAAGUGGAAAAACUCAAAAUGAAGAUAAUCAAUAUAUGAAGGUGCUUGAAGUGAAAGCUUAUAUGCCACCCAUCCAAUUUCCUCAAAGGCUUAAGAAAAAGGCAACUGAUGAGCAAUAUCAAAAGUUUGUGGAGAUACUCAAGAAACUUCAAGUGAAUAUUUCUUUUUCUGAAGUUCUUGCUAAUAUACCUACUUAUGCAAAUUUCUUGAAGGGCACAGUGUCUAGCAAGAAGAAAUUGGAAGACUUUGCAAUGGUGUCACAUACUGAGAAGUGUAGUGUGGUGCUUCAAAAUUGUCUUCCUAUCAAGAUGGAAGAUCCAAGGAGUUUUAUUGUGUCUUGUCAAUUUGAAAAUAUUUUUAUUGAUAAAUGCCUAUGUGACCUUGGAUCCAGUGUGAAUUUGAUGCCUUUAUCAUUUUUCAAGAAAUUAAAGUUUGCCAAUGUCGGACCUACUCAAGUAGUUUUACAACUAGUUGAUCGUUCAGUGUGUUAUCCCAUUGGUAUUGUAGAAGAUCAAUUAGUUAAAGUCAAUAAAUUUUAUUUUCUUACCGAUUUUCUUGUCCUUGACAUGGAGCAAGAUAUUGCAAUACCAAUUAUCCUUGGUAGAGCAUUUUUAGCUAUGGGAAGGCCUAAUAUAGACUUACUAGAAGGGAAAUUGACUUUAAGGGUUGGAAAGGAAAAGCAAGAAUUUAAUAUUUUUGAACCUUAA